AUGAAUCAUUUAAUAGGUUUAUCAAAACGAAGUGCUUUAGUAGCACAUCGUUUGCCAAUACAAACAUCUAUUCGUACAGCACUUAAUAAUCGUGACUGGCGUCCCAAAGAAGAAGUUCCUGUAACACCUGAAGAUCGUGCUGCUACAGCAAAAAAAUAUAAUAUGUUGCCAGAAGAUUAUAAACCAUAUCCACCUGAAUAUAAUGCUGGUGAUAUGCCUAAUGUUGCACCCGCUGGAGCAUAUGCUGAUCGUAGUCCAUGGGAAGAUUAUGAUUAUCCAUCGGAGAGACAAAAUUGGAAUGAACCACGACAUCCAGGCGAUCAUGUUAAAUAUGAUAAAGCACGUAUUCAACAUGUAGAAGAGAAACAACCAGGAUUAACAAAAGAAUUAUUAAAAUUAUUGAUUAUACCUAUUACAUUAAUAUUAGCUGCAUAUGGUUUUCGUUCAAUGGAAUUGAUGACACCAACUUUUCCCGCACGAAAACCUGAGCCUGGUGUAGUGCAUUAUUCAUUUGAAAAAAAUGAUGAAUCUGGUCAUGGUGUUCGAUAUUAG